AGAAAUCAACCGUCUAUUAGCUGGCGUGUAGCGCCAGGGCACUGUGACGUAAUGUGAGGGGGUCGCCCGGCAGGGCUGAGCUGGACCAAUGAGGAAAGGCAAGGGGUCGAUUUGCCUGUUCUCACGCCCCACCCUCAGACCUAGCCGGAGCAAAGUUUCGCUUAUAGAAGGGAGAGGAGCGAACAUGGCAGCGCGUUGGUGGGUUUGGUGUGUCUCUGUGACCAUGGCGGUGGCGCUACUCAUCGUUUACGACGUUCCCUCGGCCUCUGCCCAAAGAAAGAAGGAGAUGGUGUUAUCUGAAAAGGUUAGUCAGCUGAUGGAAUGGACUAACAAAAGACCUGUAAUAAGAAUGAAUGGAGACAAGUUCCGUCGCCUUGUGAAAGCCCCACCGAGAAAUUACUCCGUUAUUGUCAUGUUCACUGCUCUCCAACUUCAUAGACAGUGUGUCGUUUGCAAGCAAGCUGAUGAAGAAUUCCAGAUCCUGGCAAACUCCUGGCGAUACUCCAGUGCAUUCACCAACAGGAUAUUUUUUGCCAUGGUGGAUUUUGAUGAAGGCUCUGAUGUAUUUCAAAUGCUAAACAUGAAUUCAGCUCCAACUUUCAUCAACUUUCCGGCAAAAGGGAAACCCAAACGGGGUGAUACAUAUGAGUUACAGGUGCGGGGUUUUUCAGCUGAGCAGAUUGCCCGGUGGAUCGCCGACAGAACUGAUGUCAAUAUUAGAGUGAUUAGACCCCCAAAUUAUGCUGGUCCCCUUAUGUUGGGAUUGCUUUUGGCUGUUAUUGGUGGACUUGUGUAUCUUCGAAGAAGCAAUAUGGAAUUUCUCUUUAAUAAAACUGGAUGGGCUUUUGCAGCUUUGUGUUUUGUGCUUGCUAUGACAUCUGGUCAAAUGUGGAACCAUAUAAGAGGACCACCAUAUGCCCAUAAGAAUCCCCACACAGGACAUGUGAAUUAUAUCCAUGGAAGCAGUCAAGCCCAGUUUGUAGCUGAAACACACAUUGUUCUUCUGUUUAAUGGUGGAGUUACCUUAGGAAUGGUGCUUUUAUGUGAAGCUGCUACCUCUGACAUGGAUAUUGGAAAGCGAAAGAUAAUGUGUGUGGCUGGUAUUGGACUCGUUGUAUUAUUCUUCAGUUGGAUGCUCUCUAUUUUUAGAUCUAAAUAUCAUGGCUACCCAUACAGCUUUCUGAUGAGUUAAAAAGGUCCCAGAGAUAUGUUGACACUGGAGUACUGGAAAUUGAAAAAUGAAAACUGUGUGUGUUUGAAAAGAAGAAUGCAACUUGUGUAUUUUGUAUUACCUCUUUUUUUCAAGUGAUUUAAAUAGUUAAUCAUUUAACCAAAGAAGAUGUGUAGUGCCUUAACAAACAAUUCUCUGUCAAAAUCAUGAGGUAUUUGAAAAUGAUUAUCCUCUUAACCUUCUCUUCCCAGUGAACUUUAUGGAACAUUUAAUUUAGUAGAAUUAAGUAUAUUAUAAAAAUUGUAAAACUACUACUUUGUUUUAGUUAGCACAAAGCUCAAAACUACUUCAGUUAACUUGGUCAUCUGAUUUUAUAUUGCCUUAUCCAAAGAUGGGGAAAGUAAGUCCUGACCAGGUGUUCCCACAUAUGCCUGUUACAGGUAACUACAUCAGGAAUUCAUUCUUAGCUUUUCCAUCUUUGCGUGGAUGUGUAUACUUUACGCAUCUUUCCUUUUGGGUAGAGAAAUUAUAUGUGCCAUGUGGUCUUCUGAAAACGGAACACCAUUCUUUAGAGCACACGUCUAGCCCUCAAAAAGACAGUCAUUUCUCCUCCUCCUUGCCUAUUUCCUACUGAAAUACAGUGCUGCCUGUGAUUUUUUGUUUUGUUGUUUUUUUGAGACAGGGUCUCGCUGUGUCACACAGGUUGAAGUGCAGUGGCGUGAGCUCGGCUGACUGCAAACUCUGCCUCCCAGGUUUAAGCGAUUCUUCUGCCUCAGCUUCCCAAGUAGCUGGGAUUUACAGGUGUGCACCACCAUGUCAGGCUAAUUUUUGGAUUUUUAGUAGAGACAGGGUUUUGCUAAGUUGUUCAGGCUGGUCUUGAACUCCUGGGCUCAAGUGAUCUGCCCACCUCAGUCUCCCAAAGUGCGAGGAUGACAUGUGUGAGCUACCACACCAGCAAUGUCUAUACUUCUCGAUAGCUGUAAACAUGAAAAAGGACAUCUAUUGGGAGGCCAAGGCAGGUGGAUUGCUUGAGGCCAGGAGUUAGAGACCAGCCUGGCCAACAAGGCAAAACCCCGUCUCUACUAAAAAUAUGAAAAUUAGCUGGACUUGGUGGCUCAUGCCUGUAAUCCUAGCUACUUGGGAGCUGAGGCACGAGACUUGCUUAAACCUGGGAGGCAGAGAUUGCAGUGAGCCAAGAUCAUGCUACUGCACUCCAGCCUGAGUGACAGAGUGAGAUUCUGUCUCAAAAAAAAAAAAAGUAUCUCUAAAUACAGGAUUAUGAUUUCUGCUUGAGUAUGGUGUUAACUACCUUGUAUUUAGAAAGAUUUCAGAUUCAUUCCAUCUCCUUA